AUGCAUACAACAUCGGUAAUGUUAGAUCUCGCUGUCCAGCAAAACCAGACCCCAAAGUACUCCUACUCCGGCUCGGUGGGGUCAGAUGGCCAGAGGGGAGUGUGCGGCAACGACGCCACCCCUGCCCACGCCGAUCAAACUCGUGACAAAAUCGGCAAGUCGCACUAUUCGACCCACCUACUGCACUCACCAGCCGGAGCAUCAGCUACGGGUGCUUGCUGGAAGUUGGUGUGCCAGGCCGCAGCCUCUCUCGGUCUCGCUCUGGCGCGCCAUCUUCGGGCUUGCUGAGAUCAUACCGUUCGCCAUUGGAGUGGCCCAUAGGUCAGCUCAAGAUGAUACGCGUCGCACAAGCUCCGCGCUCCCUAUCAUGGUCGCUUUGCUUGGUCGUACGAAAUCGCUUGCCCGCUGACCUUGGGUACCGCACAUCCAAUCGGCUCAAACCGGAUCGAGAUAAUGCUCGCGACGGGAAGCUGCCCUAUUCCUUCUGCCCAAGUGCCGUGCCGGCAAGCCGAGUGUCACCAAUUUGGGAAAUCGCUUCGCAGCUGUACUCAAGACAGUUCAGGCAUGCCGAGCGCGGCGCAAGGGAAUCUGCCCGCACGUGCGGGCUUGCACAGUCAAGCUGAUUGCGUCCCACUUCUACUGUCCUUUGCGUUACAGACAUGUCCUCCUCGCUAUUCUUUGGCUAUCCACAAAUUGCCGUUAUUCCAGACGCAGGAAUUCUUGGACUUACGGCGUACGCCUUCGCAACAGUCGCCCCUCUUUGGUUUUUUGCUUGGCUCGGACCGCAGAUGCGAAAGCUGUGCCCAGAUGGCUUCACCAUGGCUCAAUAUGUGCGCGUACGCUUCGGCUGGCCCGUUGGUGUCCUCAUCGCAGUGGUCGUGAGUGGGCUCGAAAGCAUGCAGAAGAGAAGACAGGCGCGUCGAAAGUGAUCAGCUGACAUUGCGCCACCCCGUUGAAUCUGUCCACAGUUUGUCGCCUUCAUGCUUUGCUUCAUGCUGGUCGAGCUCAACACGUACGGUAGCGUCGUAUCCACCCUCGGAGGAGUCAAUCCGACGAUUGCAGCCCUAAUUGUGGCGAUUAUCACCACGAUCUACACAGCGUAUGGUGGAUUCCAAGCGUCCCUCUGGACGGACAAUGUGCAGUCAAUCAUCAUCCUCAUCUUCAUUACCAUUGGUGGAGCAGCGAUCGGUACUCGAAUUGAGCUCGAUCAGCAGCGAAUCGAUGACAGUGGUCUGCUGAAGGCUCACAGCUUGGGUGGCCAGCUUUUCUUCAUCUUGCCUGCCGCACUCAUUUUCUCGCAAAUGUUCAACCAGGGUACGUUUGGUGAACGUCUCGAAUCUCAGAGUCCAUUUCUUAAUGACGUUCCUCUUACGUCAUGUCCCACAAUAGGUUUCUGGCAGCGCGCCUUUGCGUCGAAGACGAACAAGACGCUGUACCUGUCCGUAGCUCUCGCUACUCUACCCCUCUUCGCCAUCUGCUUCCUGGUCGGCAUCACUGGACCCCUGGCCCAAUGGGCCGGACUCUUUGACGGCAUCACUCCGGAGGAUGAUGGCUCUUCCAACUUCUUCUACAUCAUCGCCACUUUGCCGAAUUGGGUCCAAGGCAUCGUGCUUGUUCUCGCCGGCGCACUCACAAGCUCUGUCAGUGACUGGGUCGAGAGAGUCGUUGACGUGUCUGUCCAUGUAACAGUGCAUCUUGCUAAUCUAGUAUGUUUCCUUGGAAACAGGCGUACGACACCUUCCAGAGCGCUCAGAUUUCGACUAUUGAGAAUGACGUCUGUAAGUCUCUUCGACCGCUGCACCUCGACACGUGAAACGGGAAUUGAUACAUGCGCCUUCUCCCAUGCAGUGCUUGGACGCGUCAAUCUCUGGUGGUGUAGGUUAAUCCUCGUCGCGCUCAACGUCCCUGCCGUGGUCCUUGCCGUAAAAAAUGUCGACAUUCUGCAGGUGUUCCUGAUUGCGGAUCUCGGUGCUGCAGCAGUCUUGCCUGGUACUUUGCUCGGCUUGAUCCCCCAGCUAUGGUGGCUAAAUGGCCUCGAUGUGUGAGUGCAUGAAACUUUUUCAUACGGAUGCGAUUCUCGGCUCGGCGCUUACUCCCCUCGCAUCGUCUGCCUCCUCCAGGUUCAUCGGGGCUUGCGGAGGCUUCUUCACUGUCUUCAUAGCAGGGACCAUCUACUACCACGGAGACGCAAAGGCGGGCGGAGACUUGAUCAUCCUACCCCAGGGUCUUUACGUCGGCGGCGACGACUACAGCGUGCUUAUGGCUUUCUUCGCUGCACCACUUGGCUCUGUAGGAUGGUCGCUGGCCAGUGGUGGAGCUCGUUUUGGCGCUCAGUGGCUCUUCGCUCGUGUGCAAGGAAGGGAGUUCUCUUUGCACCGCGUUGACUUCGACACGACCAACUACGCUCUGCCUCAAGAUAGACCUGCAGACCUGCACGGUGUUCAUGGAUCUGGCAAUCCUCGCGACAGAGCCGGAUUUGAGGCUGAUCUGUACGAACCGGAGACUGGGCACGACGCGAAGGGAACUGCCGGAAACACUUCAGACGCCGGAGAUGACCGCAAGAGCGUCUCUGCGGCCUAG